UCCAUAUCCAAAGAAGACCCCUUCGCCUCCAAACGCGAGGAAGGACAGGGUACGAGAAACCCUCCGCUCUACCAUUCUCCUCCCAGUGUCUCUUUCCUCGUCAUCUCGAAACCUAACUUCUUCCCAUAGACCCCUUCGCCGGAGACAAGCUCGAGAACGUCGCCGGCAACGAGGAUAUGCGCCUGUCGCAGUCCCCACCCAGCAACCGACGCAUGAGCAAGGAAUGGGACGCCUCGAAGGUUCCGCCCUCGCAGUUCCAGCGCCGCAAGGGCAGCAUAUAUUCGACGCCGAACUCGAGAGACGGACAUGUGAAGGGCAGCUCAAGAGAUCAGGCGUAUUGGGAUAAGCUUAAGGAGAAGGUACGUGUAUAACGGCCCGGUCUGGAGAGGAGACUGCGAUCGUCGUGUUCUGGAUCAUGCGCGGAGCCUCUCUAUCCCGGAGUGCUGGCUUAAGAGGUCAAAGAGCAAUGCUAAUAUAACGCAGGGCUGGGUUAACAAAUAAUCCCACCUCAUCACCCGGAAGCGCCGAUGUUUGAAUGAAUGAGCCUAUAGUCAGUCAGGA